ACUGUUUUUAAAAAGCUAACUUUUUAAAAAGGAUAAUUUUAUUGUCCUCGUUUUCAGAACAAAACAAUUAUUUUUCAUAAAAAUAAAAACCUUAACAUCCCUAUCUGGGGGGAGAAAUUAUUUUUGAGAGGGAGAAAGAGUUUUCAUGAAGUAUGGACCCCUGCUAAACAAAUAUAUGUUCUACACUACGCAAAGCCUAAGUUUAAAUGAUAUAAGGUUCUUUAUUAUAGAUAAAACCUAAUCAGUAUUUUUUUCAAAAUAGGGGCUUUUAGGGGGGGGGGAAUCACCUAGGGGGUGCACCAAUUUCUUUUUUGGCAUGCUUAGGUGAGCAUUAAAUAAAACACUACAAAUCUCAUACACCUAAAUUGAUAUUGUUUACAUCUGGAAACAAUUUGCUGCAGGAUGUUUUUUUACACUUUAAAGAAACAUUUUUGCAUGGAAUGGUAAAGAACAAUAAAAGUAGCUCUUUAAAAAUGCUGCUGCUGUAGGCAAACCACCUCACAAGCAUUUGUUUAUAUUUUAAUUUUCAUGCAUACACAAAAGCAUGUGCCCCGCCCCAUCACAUUUUUUCUCUAUGGAUAUAAAAUUCAUGUGUUAUGCUCAGGACCUGUUGAUUCCAAACUUUGCAUAGAACCAGUUCCAGGCAUAAAGCUAGAGAACUGCUCGGUUCCUGAGUGUAAGGAAUACUGGUGGGAGGGGCCCUGGCAGGUACUUUGCAUAGAACCAGUUCCAGGCAUAAAGCUAGAGAACUGCUCGGUCCCUGAGUGUAAGGAAUACUGGUGGGAGGGGCCCUGGCAGGUACUUUGCAUAGAACCAGUUCCAGGCAUAAAGCUAGAGAACUGCUCGGUCCCUGAGUGUAAGAAAUACUGGUGGGAGGGGCCCUGGCAGUCAUGCAAUUCAUGUAACAGUUACCAUGAAAGAAGUGUCAUGUGUAUUGGAGAAAAUAUGGAAGCUCUUCCGGACAAAAGAUGCCCUCUGCUCAGCAGACCAAUUUCAACAGAACAUUGCAGUCUUUCUGAAAGUUGCAGGAUACAAUCUCAGAAUUUCCCAGGAUCAGAUGAAACAAAUAAGAACAUGGCAAGGGAUUCUGAUCUACAAAUACCAAGCUUGGAUUUUGAACUAGAUCUUAAAAAUGUAUCGAUGACUGCUUGGUCAAAUUGUUCAUUGGACUGUGAAAAUGGAAUUAAGAAACGUCAGAUUAACUGUGAAGGGAUUGCUUGUAAUUCCAGAUUAGCAAUUGAGGUUUUAGCUUCCUGCAAUCUGGGUCAUUGUGGUGACUGGAGGGUUGGGAACUGGUCAAAGUGUUCUCAUUUGUGUGGCAAUGGAACAAUGAUAAGAGAUGUUGUUUGUGAUGAUCAGUGUGAUCCUAAUUCUAAACCUGCAACAGAAACUAUUUGUAAUGAAGGUCCAUGUGUGUAUUGGUGGGUUGGACCAUGGUCCCCUUGCUCCUCUUCAUGUGGACCAGGGAUUAGGCAAAGGCUGGUUGAAUGUAGACAAACGCUUACUGAAAAUAAUUCACUACUUUGCUCCUUCCAAAACAAACCCCAGAUAAAUGAGCCAUGUUCUAAUCAACCUGAUUGUGAAUUCACCUGCAAGGACACACUACCUUCCUCUAGGUGUAACAGAUUGAAGUUUCUCUGCGCAAGUCAGAUUACAUUUACUAGGCUUUGUUGUUCUACAUGUUACAACAAAAUAAAGGCAGAAAAGAAGGGAAUUCUCUUUAAAAAAUUAUAAAUUAACUUUCGAACUUAAUUAUAUGUCAGGAUCUCUACCCAAUUCAAAAAUGAAUUUGUUAAAAUGUUUUAGAAGAAA